CAACCAUCAUCUAUCAAUUGAAUCAAUCAAGAAAAACAUCAAGCUCCCCAAGAACAUUCAUGUCAUAAAACCCCACCCCAAUCACCAAAUGCACUCCCCCUAAACCCCUCAAACAGCCAACCACAUCAUCUCAUCUCCCUCCGAACAUCGCUCGCUCCCCAGAAAAUGCUCUCACGUGCUAUCCCAGCACCACGCAUCACCCACACAGGCGCUCGCUUCUUCUCUCACAGCACACGACGCAGCGCCGACUUCACGCACGCGGUCAUCGGCGGCGGUGUGGUAGGGUUGGCGGUGGCGCGGCAGCUGCAGUCGCGGGGGGAUGGGUCGUCGACGGUGCUGAUUGAGCGGCAUGGGGCAGUGGGGACGGAGACGAGUUCGAGGAACUCUGAGGUAAUCCACGCAGGCCUCUACUACGGCCCCACCUCCCUCAAAGCCCGUCUCUGCAUCCGCGGCCGGCACCUCCUCUACGCCCUCUGCCGUGCCCACUCGAUCCCCCACCACGCCUGCGGAAAAUGGGUCGUCGCCCAGUCCCCCACCCAGCUCUCCGCCCUCGACUCCAUGCACUCCCUCAGCACCACUCUCGGCGUGCCUACGCGUUUCCUCUCCGCCGCGGAGGCAAGGAGUAGGGAACCCGACGUCCGCGCUACGGCGGGCGUGCUCGAGAGCCCUGAGACGGGCAUCGUGGAUAGUCAUGCGCUGAUGGCGUUCCUGCUUGGUGAUUUUGAAGAGAAGGGGGGCGUGUGUGCGGUUGGUAGCGACGUCGUUGGUGUUGUACCCCUGGAUGGAGGAAAAGGGGGGUGGGAGGUUACGACGAGGUCUAGCUACAGCGAUGGGACGGUGGAGGAGGGGACGGUGACGGCGGAAGUGGUUGUGAAUUCGGGGGGGUUGGCGGCGAUUGAUAUUUCGAAUAUGGUGAUGCCUGAGGAGAGGAGACGGAAGGCGUUCUUCGCGAAGGGCACGUAUUUCUCGUAUGCGAAGGGUGCCCCGAAGCCAAAGGUGUUGGUUUAUCCGGCUCCCGUGCCGGGGCAUGGUGGGCUCGGGACGCAUCUUACGCUUGAUAUGGGGGGGAGGGUGAGGUUCGGGCCGGAUGUCGAGUGGACGGACGAUCCGACGGAUUAUACGGUGUCGGCGAAGAAUCUGGAGGCGGCGCUUGGGGAGAUUGAGACGUAUCUGCCGGGGAUUGAUAGGGAGGCUGUGGGGUUGGAUUAUGUGGGGAUUAGGCCGAAGUUGGGGAGGUCGGGGGCGCUGGCGGGUGCGAAGGGAGGUGGAUUUUUGGACUUUUAUAUUGAGAAGGAGGAGGGGUUUGAGGGGUUUGUCAAUCUGUUGGGGAUUGAGAGUCCUGGGUUGACCAGUUCGUUGGCGAUUGCGGAGGAGGUGGAGAGGUUGUUGUAUAAGUAGAUGGAUAAUGUUUGUGAAUUGUAUAUACAUGGUUCAAUGAACCUCAAAUACCAAUACGAUAUACCACCUUGUACUUCGAAGUCGG